AUGUCACGACAGACAGAUAGGUUUUUAGCAUCAUCCAAUGACCCAUCGUUAGAGUCUCAGUUUACAUUAAGACCGGAAGAAGGUUCCGAAGAGAUUAAAUCUUCAGACUUGACAAGUCAGCUUAUUCCUAAUUUCAAUGAGGUGGAGUUCCUGCUCACAAAAUUGUGUGACUCAAGUUCAAUUGCGGAGAUAGAAUUGAAACUUGCUGGGUUUCACCUGCAUGUAGUGAGGGAUUUGACUAAAAAGAAUACAACUUUACCUCCUCCUAUCCCUGCUUCUGUAAGUAGAGAUAAUGUCAUAGAAACUCCCAAGACAAAUGGAUCAGUUUCUACAACUUCAUUGGCCCUCUCAAAGCCGGUAGACCCAGUACCUUCUCCAGGGUCUAUCCAGACAUUCAUAGACAAAGCUGCUGAUGAAGGCUUAGUAAUAAUUCAAUCUCCAAAGGUGGGAUUCUUUAGGACAUCACGAACAAUAAAGGGGAAGCGUGCUCCACCCUCAUGUAAAGAGAAAGAAAAUGUGGAGGAGGGGCAAGUGAUUUGUUACAUUGAACAACUUGGUGGUCAGCUGCCUAUUGAGUCUGAUGUGUCCGGAGAGGUCAUCAAGAUACUGCGACAGGACGGUGGUUAG